UUUCCCAAAACUCCAUAAAGGGUUGUUAUUUGUUAGAUAUAAAAUAUUUAUUUGUUGCAUUUAAAAUGAAAUGGGAAAGUACUACAUUUCCUUUUAUAGAUAUACUUUAUGUAGUAUCUUUCAAAAAAAAAAAAAAAAUUUAUGUAGUAAUUAUACCAUUAAUAAUUAUAGAACAGGUCUAAUUCUGAUAUUUCUGGAUCGUAUUUAAGCUUUCCAUUAUUUUAACCAGAACCAGAGCAUCACGAAAUCGAAGAACAAGACUCAACACUCAACACUCAGUCACUCAACAGUUAUGAAUUUUUGUUGCAGAGCUGCUUCUUCCUUUGCAAUCUUUCAUGGCGGAAAAGGUACUUUCUUUUCCCCUUUUCAAGUUCAUUUUCGAAAUUACUCUCAUUUCUCCAAUGCACGAGAUGCUGUUAAAGAAGAUCGUCAGUUGUUUCUCAAAUCAGUUAGAGAGCAUUGUAAAUUAGGGUUUUCAAAUCUCAAUUAUCCCCUUUCUCUCUUCCAUCAAUUGAUCUCUUUGCGUCCCCUUCCUUCUAUCAUUGUUUUCACUCAACUGUUUACUGCUAUGUCUAAAUUGAAACGCCUUCACCAGUUCACCCUCACUCCAUCAUCAUAUCUCUCGUCAGAGAGCUAGAGUUAUCUGGUAUUCGACCAAAUAUGCAUUCUAUUGGUAUUCUUGCUAAUUGUUACUGCCAUUUGGGCCGUGUUGAUUUCGGCUUCUCUCUUCUCGCCAAAAGACUUAAGCUUGGUUACCCCUUUGAUCGUGAUUGUGUUAUCUUUACUACCUUAAUUAAUGGCUAUAUCCACUGUGAUAAGCUUCCUCAAGCUCUUCAAUUGCUAGAUGAAAUUGUUAAGCAGGUUUCCAACCCACAUUGUUACCUAUGGUGCUAUUUUCAAAGGCCUUUGUCGGAUUGGUGACAAUGCUGCUGCCCUCCACUUGCUCAGGAAGAUGCAAUCUGGUCGUUGUCAACCUAACCUUGUUAUAUAUAGCACCAUCAUUGAUAGUCUUUGUAAGGAUAGGCUGUUGAAAGAGGCCCUCGACCUGUUCACCGCCAUGAAAAGUGAGGGCAUUAUACCUAACGUUAUCACUUAUAACUCUUUGAUUAGAGGUCUCUACAACUCUGGCUCCAAGGUCGAGGCUAAAUAUAUGCUGGCGGAGAUGUUGGAGUGUAAUGUAGCACCAGAUGUUCCCACCUUCAGCAUGCUGGUUGACAUGUUAUGCAAAGAUGGGAAUGUUGAUGAAGCACAAGCUAUUCUAGACUAUAUGAUUGAGAGAGGUGAGGUGCCAGAUGUCAUUACUUACAAUGCUUUACUCGAUGGUUAUUGUUUGCGUGGUCAGAUGGAGGAUGCGGAAAAACUACUUGAUUUGAUGGCCAAGAAUGGUUGUGAGCCUGAUAUUGUAAGUUUCAACACUAUGAUUAAUGGAUACUGCAAGGCUAGAACCAUUGACAAAGCACUCAAUUUAUUCCAAGAAAUACUUGAGAAACAAAUAAUGACACCUGAUGUUGUUACCUAUAAUACUCUCAUUGAUGGACUAUGCAAAGUUAAUAGACUCCCACUUGCGCGUAAAUUGUUCAAGGAUAUGCAAAGUCAUGGAAUUAUUCUUGACAUUUUUCAUAUGCUUCAUUGCUUGACAGCUUAUGCAAAAAAGCGCUACUUGAUGAGGCAAUAGCAUUACUUGAAGAUAUGGAAUAUAAUGGUGUUAAGCCUCAUAUUGUCAUCUACAAUAUCCUAAUGGACAGUUUGUGUGAGGCUGGGCAACUUUGAAGAUGCAGCCAAUUUCUUCUCCGAUCUUGUAUUGAAGGGUCUACAGCCUAAUGUUAAAACGUACAACAUAUUGAUCAAAGGUUUUUGCAAGAAAAGGCUCAUGAAUGAAGCUUUGAAUUGUUGACAAUAAUGGAGGAAAAUGGUUGUUAUCCUAAUGAUCGUACCUAUAAUACAAUUAUCAGAGGAUAUGUUGUCAACAAUGACUUAUCAAAUGCAUUCUACUACUCUGACCUUAUGGUUAGCAAGGGAUAUGAAGCUGAUACUUUGUCGUUAUUUAUUGGCCUCUUGUCUUCUGAUAAUUUAAGUGACUCGGCAAAGGACCAGCUAAUGAAGUUUAUCAGGUGACUUGAAUAAAAACAAUUGAGGUUGUUGCUGCAGAAUGACAUAAGUUGAUCACUUGACAUGGAGUUAAAACUGUGUCCCUGGAAAGUUUUGGGGCCAGUUUUCUCAAUAUUGAAGUAGUUCUUCAGCCUUCAGGUAAUGUUCUAGUAAUUGCUCUACAGUUGAGCUGUUGUUCUACCUCAUGGCUCAGAUUGAUGUUUAAUUUCUUCAAUCUACUGCUUAGUUCUCAUUGAAUCAUAUAUUUAGAUUCAUGUCUUACUCAAAUGGCACCCUUACCUUUGAAACAAUUGUUUCCAAGUGAUCUCUUAGUUAUAGGAUUAUGCCCAAAAAAAAUAGGUGAUACUGAAGUCAAAAUGCGAUAUGUGAUGAUUGGAAGCUGGAUGCAGAACACAUGUAGGAAAUUUUCCUAAUUACAGAAGGGUAUGUUUUCCCCCUCGAUACGCUUACCCCGCUCUAGCUUACAGCAUCUGAAGAGAAUGCCUUCGUUUCCAGCAGUUGGUAGAUGGAAUUAUCCUAUCCAUCCAUUCUUUCGAUGUAAUUAGACUGUGUAGUGUGUAGUAUAUAGUACAUUCUGUGGAUUUUAUUUGUAGGUAGAUGGAAUUAUCGUACCUAUGAACUGCUGCACGAAUCCAAAAUGUGUUGACAUAUGGAAUGUUAGAAUAUAUUUCUUAUAUUUCCUAGAAUAUAAAUGGUAGAAGAUGAUCAAGUAUAUAAUUUCAUUUUAUUAUUA